AUGCUAUCAGCUGUUGAUUGUGGUGAUCUUGAUCCUGUGGAGAAUGGUUUGCCUACUAUUGGCAACACUACAACAUUGGGAUCUGUGAAGAAGUUUGAUUGCAAAGAUUGUUUUGAACUUAUUGGCUCUCAAACAGUGACGUGUCUAGUGACAGGGUCUUGGAAUGACUCACCUCCUACAUGCAAUCUUAUUAUGUGUCCAUCAUUGUUUGAUCAUGUGAAUGGCAUCACAAAUGGAACAUCAACUCACUGUGAUUCGACUGUUACAUUUAGUUGUUUUGCUGGAUAUAAAUUGAUCGGCAAUAGCAACAUCUCAUGCUUGCGGAGUGGCCAGUGGUCUGGCUCUCAGCCACAGUGCAUAGAGGUGAAUGAAUGUAUCUCAUCUCCGUGUCAGAAUGGAGCAACAUGUAUUGAUGAAGUUGAUGACUACAGGUGUUUCUGUUCUGCUGGAUAUCACGGAAUUCUGUGUGAAACACCUACUGUCGAUGGUUCAUGUGCUGUGGAAGAUUGCCAUGCAUUUGUUAAAGUUUCAAAUUUGGGUUUCUUUUGUGGUGGAACUUCGUACAUUGAAGAAUUUAUGUUUCCACUGUGCAAGUUUAUUGCUAAUCCGGGUACUAGCAGACCAGCUAGAGAUUGGGCAAGUAGCACAUGGAAUUGUUUGGUGAGAGUUGCUGCACAAGAACUUGACGUUGUGUAUGGUGGGUAUCAGCCCGACGAACCCUUGUUUUGGGAAUGUCAAGCAUUUGAAAGGCAGCUGUUUGCCACUCAGCAGAGUUGUAUUAAAGAAGCCUUAUGCGACACUCUGUUUACUGUAGAUGAUGCUUAUAGCAUAGCUGAUGUGAUGGAAUCAUCAGCAUUUUAUCGUGAUCAGAAUGUGGAGCAGAUGUUGUCUUUACUGUCUGAUUGUGGGCAAGACAAUAGCAAUUUGGCUUCAUUGAGAGAUGAGAUGUUGAGAAGAGGGUUUGUACUCUGUUUUACUGGUGAAAGUGAAGAAGCUAAAGCAGAAACUGUGCAACAGGCAUUGCAGUUGAUUGAUUCUGCUACUGACGGUGGUGGUGUGAUUCAAGAGCUACAAAGUGUUACCGAUUUGUGUACUUCAUCCAGAAGCGAGUCUGGACUGACUGUAGCUUUGUUAAGCAAUGGAACAGGUGCAGUGAGUCAGAAAAGUUUCUGUGAUAGUCUGUCUUCUACGUUUACGUCUGCGACUCUACUAUGUCCUCAGUGUGGCAAUGGUGUGUUGGAACUACCAGCAGAAGCAUGUGAUGAUGGAAAUAAAGGAAAUAGGGAUGGCUGCUCAUCUGUGUGUGUCAUUGAAAGUGGAUUUUUUUGUAAUACAAUACCCUGGCUUACCACUAGUUGCAGACAUUUUGACAUUGACUUGAACAAGUUUGAUAACGCAACUAGGAACAGAUCCGUUGUCAUCUUCUAUGGUGAUGAGGUUGUAUUUAUUGUUGAUAAUGAAACCUUGGAUGCAAGUGAUUAUGGAAAUGAUGAUUGGGAGAGGAUCAAACUUACUUUGGAAUGGGCAGCUGAUGUUCAGGAAGAGAAACUUGCUUAUUUGUCAUCUCUUGACAGAGCAGUUUCUGCAGGUAGACUUACUGCUAUGGAGAAGGAUGCUCUUUUCACUUCUUCAGCGGAGAGAAAUGACACAUUGAAUUCACGAGUGAGAUUAGAUAUUAUUCGAAAAUCAGGUGAACAGCUUAAUUUGACUCACGUCUUACUGGCUUUGUCAUACCAAAACAAAGGGCAGGCAGAUCACAUUCCAAGAUUGGUGUUGAUUGAGGCACUAGACUUGAAUGGUAUUUCUGCUUCAACAGUUGGAUUUACUGUGACCUAUGUUGGUCUUAAUGCCAAUGCACCUGUUAUUGACAUUAAAGAAAAUAGACCAAGGUUUAUAGCAGGUAGUAGUGACUUGCUGCGUGUUACUGGUGCCAGUUUGAAUGUGUCUGACUCUGACCAUGAAUAUUAUCCUAUGCAAUGGGGUAGGGUUACUAUGGUUGAAGCAGGUACUGAGGAGCGUCUCUACUUUGCAGAUGACAUAUCACCAAUCACAGUUCUGACAAAACAAAAUGGUGCUGUCAUUGAGAUGAAUGGUUCUGCCUCUACUGAAGUUUAUACUGAUGUUUUAAACAAUGUGUUCUAUUUUAACUGGGAGAUCAAUAAAACAGAAGCCACAGAAACGGUCAUUAAAUUUGAAGUGUCUGAUGGUGUCCAUGUCAGCUUUUCCGUUGUGCGAAUUUCAGUAGUGGUGCGUUGUUCUCGUCUGAGUCCACUUGAAAAUGGAAAAAUGUCCACCAAUGAGACUGUUUGUAACACUACGACUGAGCUUACAUGCAAUGAAUGCUACAACUUGACAGGAGAGUCAUUUCUUACAUGUCAAUGUUCAGGCAACUGGAACUAUGAAGUUCCCAGCUGUUCUCUUGUUCAUUGUGGCUUGUUGGAGGCACCAGCAUUUGGAACAAUGUCAACUAAUGAUACAGCCUGCAGGACAAAGACUCAAUUCGCAUGUGAUGAAUGCUAUGAUCUUAUCGGAAAUUCUAGUCUGACCUGUUUGCCAAAUGGAGAAUGGGAUAAUCUUAUACCUACUUGUCAAUACAAGAAUUGUUCCAUACUGAGUGCUCCUGAUAAUGGCUUGUUGUCAAGUUCAGACAGAGGCUGCAAUCAGUCCGUACAUGUCAGUUGCAAAGAAUCCUAUAGUCUUCAAGGAAAUGAGACUCUGACUUGUCUGACAUCUGCUAACUGGAGUCAUCCAGUUGGAUUGUGUAACAGUAAGAAUAACAUAGUGAGUACUUGUCCACAUUUGCAGUAUCCAGCCAAUGGCAGUAUCUCGACUGGAAACAAUACAAGUAAUACAACAGUGAAGUUUAGUUGUGAUUACUGCUAUGUCCUAGUUGGCCGAGUAAACCUCACAUGUCAGAUAAAUGGACAAUGGGAUGGAAAUCCACCACUAUGUACAGCGGUUUACUGCUCGCCACUGAUGACACCAUACCAUGGCAAGAAGAGUUCUAACAGCACUAACUGUCAAACAGUUGUUGAGUUUAGUUGUGAUGAUGGCUUUGUUCUUUCGGGACCAUCACAUCUUAUCUGCCAAUCUAAUGGGAAGUGGGACAAUUUGAAUCCUGUGUGUGAAGAUGUGAAUGAGUGUUUAUCAUUUCCCUGCCAGAAUAACGGCAGCUGCCUUAACACGUAUGGUAGCUUUAGAUGCAUCUGUACAGCAUACUUCAUGGGAACAUACUGUCAUAUGUGUAUGUUCUGCUUAUUUUAA